AUGGUUCAGUCAGAUGGUGGUGGGGCGGAUGAUGUUGAAGCGAUGAAGAAAAAAUAUGAGCAAAGGAGGCAGCAAAUCCUGCUCGAAGAACAGAAGAAUAGGAUGGAUGGUUUGAAUGUUUCUUCCGGCGAUGAGGAACUUAGUAACGAGAUGUUCCUGUCAGCUGCUCAGCGUCGUAAAGAAAAGCUGCAUCGUCGUGCUUUGCUGAAGCAUGUCCUCGCGCCCACUUCAGCGCAACAAGAAGAAGAAAUCGCAGCAAAAAGGAGAAAACAAGUAGAGGAGAAAAGAACAGAGGAGUCGAGAAAAACUCUGCUCGAAAAGCAUGCGGAGCUCAAGGAGAGAAAUGAUGAGAUGGAUCCCAAAGAAAGACAAAGAAUAGAAGAAGAGAUCUUGCUCGAAAGCGUCACACAGAACAGCGCACUUCAUGCUGCUGUGGAAAUUGCCCAUGGGGUACAAUAUACCGAAUCCUUUCGAACAUCUUGGCGCCCUCCUUCCCACAUUCGAAAGCAGAUGGAGGAAGAUUUCGUUGCCUACAGAAAGAGAAAAGGAAUAAGUGUGGACGGAGCCGACUGUCCACCACCUAUCGGAAGCUUUGUUGAAAUGAAGUUCCCUAAGUGCAUUUUACGAGCUUUGAAAGAUAAUGACAUCCAUAUUCCGACUGCUAUACAAAUUCAAGGAAUACCCGUUGCCCUCAGUGGUCGUGACAUGAUUGGUAUCGCGUCAACCGGUUCCGGAAAAACAUUGACGUUUGCUUUGCCACUAAUAAUGUUCUGUCUGGAGCAGGAGUACAUUAUGCCAUUUGAACGAGGCGAAGGGCCUUACGCUCUGGUCAUUGUGCCAUCACGAGAAUUAGCCAGACAGAUUUAUGAUGUGAUCGUGGAUAUAUUUCAAGUAAUUGAAAAGGAAUCCAAUUUGCCUAAACUAAGGGCGGGUUUAUGCAUUGGAGGCGUUCCUGUUCGAGAACAAGCCCAGAUCUUCAAAGAUGGAGUGCACGUCUGCGUCGCCACACCGGGCCGUUUAUCAGACAUGCUCACCAAGAAAAUUUUUAACUUAGAGAUUUGUCGCUACUUAGUGCUUGAUGAAGCUGACAGAAUGUUGGAUAUGGGUUUCGAGGAUGAAUUAAAAUCAAUAUUUGCUUUCUUCAAAGCGCAACGACAGACUCUUUUGUUUUCUGCCACGAUGCCCAAAAAGAUCCAGAACUUUGCUAAGUCAGCUCUAGUUCGACCUGUGGUUGUAAAUGUGGGGCGAGCUGGUGCUGCUUCGUUAAAUGUAUUACAAGAGAUCGAAUAUGUGAGGACAGAAGACAAACUAACUAGAGUGCUGGAUUGUCUUCAAAAAACCGCGCCAAAAGUUCUGAUAUUCGCCGAGAAGAAAAUGGAUGUCGACAAUAUAUACGAAUAUUUGUUGGUGAAGGGGGUUGAAGUAGCCUCAAUUCAUGGUGGAAAAGAGCAGCGUGAUAGGCAUAUUGGCAUAGACGAGUUUCGACAUGGUCAGAAAGAUGGUAUCGAGCAUGUCAUCAACUACGAUAUGCCGGAGGAUAUUGAAAAUUACGUUCAUCGCAUUGGACGAACUGGCCGCUCUGGCAAGCGUGGCAUGGCGACUACUUUUAUCAACAGGAAAGCGGAUCUCUCAGUAAUGCAAGAUUUGAAGCAGUUGCUCGUUGAAGCUGGUCAGGAAUUGCCAGCCUUCUUGCGGGAUUUGGCUGGUGAGGCUGAGGAAGCUCCGACCGAUAAUGUCGAUGAUAAGGGUUGUGCUUAUUGUUCUGGUCUUGGGCACAGAAUCACCAAUUGUCCGAAGUUGGCUGGGAUCAAUACCAAGGUAAUCCCAGUUUUUAUUAUGUGA